GAUUACUACAUGGCGAAAAAUGACACACAGAAAGGAAAAGAAGAAAUGUGCGAUGAAAGGAGAUACACAGAAAAUGAAAGAGACACAAAGAGCACAGGAGAGGAGAGAAAAGAAAAGGUCGUCGAGCAGCUGUGAAGGUUUGAAUUCAGCGGAGGAGGAACAGCCAGAGAAACAUGACCUUCAUGAACUCCCCUCGCUUAUUAACGUAACUGUACAGAGAUAUGAAGGGGAAACCUGUGAAGGACAGUUUCAUGGAGAAGGGCUUGCUUGUUUUGAAGGAGGACAUUUGUACAAGGGGAUGUUUGCCAAGGGACUCAUGGAUGGACGAGGUGUGUUCACAUGGGCAGGUGGCGUGAAAUAUGAGGGAGAAUUUGUCUGCAACCAGCCCCUGGGUGAGGGCACCUACACCUGGCCUGACGGCAGCUCCUAUAAGGGGGAGGUAUAUUAUGGUAUACGCCAUGGGACUGGAACUUACACAUGUGCAACAAACAGAGUGUCAUACAUAGGGCAGUGGGACCAAGGCAAGAGGCAUGGAAAGGGUGAAGUGUAUUACAACCGGGAUAAGACGUCUUGGUACAAAGGAGACUGGGUGAAGAACAACAGAGAGGGAUGUGGAGUGAGAUGCUACCCCUCUGGUAACAUUUACUCUGGUGAGUGGAAGAACAACCUGAGGCACGGAGAAGGCAAGAUGAGGUGGACACAACUGGGAGAGGAGUAUGUUGGGAUGUGGCAGAAUGGAAUCCAGCAUGGACGAGGCACACACACCUGGAUCCUGAGGCGAGCAGAUGGAUCCCAGUACACCCAGAGCAACCAGUACACUGGGGACUUUGUUCAUGGUCAGAGGCACGGGCAGGGGACCUUUAAAUACGCUGGUGGAGCCUUCUAUGAAGGAGAAUGGAGGGACAAUAAAAAGCAUGGGAAGGGAAAAUUCACAUAUAAGGAUGGGCGUGUUUUUGAAGGAGAGUUUGUGAACAAUCAGAUGAUGACGGAUAUCGUGAAUGGAAAAAGAGCUCCCACCCCUUUUUGUGGUCCGUCCCCCCUGCCAGGCGCUGAUUCCACGAUCUUAGGACCCGACAUGGCUCUGAACAUUCAUCGUCUUCUGGAGAAGAUCCCAGAGAGAAACAGUGAAGCUGAGCGGGGACAGGUGGAGUUUGUGGUGCUGAUGCUGGCCACAGAGCUCAGGUCAGUGUACAGUUUCUACAGCAGACUCGGCCAGGCUCACUCUGCUGAUAACACCUUCCUGCUGACCCGCCUGCAGCUCUGGCGUCUGCUCAAAGACUGUUACAUUCACCAUCGAGGCAUCACUCUGACACAGAUCGACCGUUUGAUGAGAGAUUUCAGUGCAUUAGGGCCACACUCUCCUUUCACUCCCAUUCUUCUUCAUGGGCUCCUCAGCUGUCUCGUGGUUGUGUCCUACCACAUCUACCAUAAGGAAAUGAUGUCGCAAAAGAACCUUCUGGCUGCCUGCUUUUCUAAACUGAUGACAGACAACAUCCUUCCUAAUGCCAAGACUGUAAAAGGCUUUCUGUUCAGGCAGCCAGACUGUGCAGUGGUGGCCUUGAACUACUUUCAGAGAUGUUGGGAAAUCUAUCAGGAUUACUGCAAAGUCUUCACAGCCCCCAGAGACGAGCAGACCAUGACCUGCCGACACCUGCUGUGGAUCUUCAAGGAUCUCCAUCUGCUGGACAACAACCUGACAGUCGGGAAAUUACUGGAGAUCAUCACUUCAGAGAGCAAUGACCCCAGCAACUAUUCCUCCUGUCUGGAUCUGGAGAUAACCUUCCUGGAGUUUUUUGAGGUGCUUCUGGGCUCUGCUGAGGUGAAGUGUCAGCAGGUUUCUGUCGGCCUGGAGGAGGAGGAGGGCCGGUCAUCGUUAAGUCUCGACACAGAGGCCAGGAGAGACCUGAAGCUGGAGGCUGGAGAGAACAUGGUAAAGACUACAAACAGCCCUUCCCAGCCCAUCACAACCUCUCAAGGGUCUUUUAUGGCCUUUGAACCUUAAACAAUUAUAUGCAGCGUCAAAUUGUUCUAGAGGAGGUUCAUUUGUUUUUCUUUGAAAUUAGUCAAAAAGAUACAAAUAUAUAUUCAGAUUUAAAAUGUGCAAAAGUCUGAAGCCAUCACUAACUUUGUUGUUUUAGGAGUUUUACUAACAAUCAAUAUUUUUUCUGUCUUUAUGAAGUUACAAGCAGAAGGCAACAAGGCGGGCUUCUACAGAAUUUAUUGACUCAGCACAUCUUAAACUCUUUUGAGAAGACUUUCCUGAUAAAGUUUUCCUCAGUAAUCUUCUGGUU